GCCCUUGCCUUGCGGGCGCUGGGCUGCUCGAGCUACGGUGCAGCGGACGUGGCGGUGGCCGGCCUCAGUCUGGUGCCGUUCUUAGGCGAGGCCUGCGACUCUCUGAAAGACUCCGUGCUGGCGGCACAAGCAAUCGCCUCAGACACCGGCUGGGUGCGGGCAAUAGGCUGCGGUGCGCUGGGCUACCUCUGGCUGCUACACCUGGCCGUCCUGCUGCCGAACAAGUCGACGCGCCUGGAGCUGUGCCGCGGCUAUCUGGCCCUGUUAUUUGUGAAGAGGAAAGCAGCGGGCUCUGGCUACAGUCUUUGGAAGAAGCUCUUGCAGCUAUUCUACAAACAAAGCACACCCACCAGGCGGUGGGCAAUGGUGCUGGAAGACGCUCCGCAAGGCGUCAUCGCCUCCGUCAUCUCUGUGGCCGAUGGCCUGAAGCCCUUUGCGCUGAUUGUGAACCUGGUGCUCCCCUUCGCCCGGCUCUUGCUCGCAUGGAUGUACCACGACCACGUUUCCUGGGAGGUGCAGGACUGGCUGAAGAACGAGGCGCUGGACGCGUACUCUGCUGGGCGCCUGGCCCUAUGUGAUGACUACAUGUCUGCGCUACAUCGGCUGGAAGGGGUCGCCCAGAAGAGGGGCUGGGGAAGCGUCCUCGCUGUUCGGGAGCAGCUGCAGACUUUGAUUCCGACCAGGUCUGCAGAUACAGAGCGGGCGAGGGCGGGGGAUGCAUGUCCAUGCAUGUGGAAAUCGGAGAGAGCGAGGGUGUAA